CUAAUAUUCGUCUUGUCUUCCUUCCAUUUGCGACUUUUCCCUUGUCGACAUUCCUCAUCGCGCUUGCGAUUCAGCAGCGCGCAUUUACUGCAUUGCAUUUCGUUGUAUAACAUUGCAUUGAAAUUGGCGUUCGGGUGCUUCGCUGAAUAGCAUUCACUCAUCACUGCGAGGUCGAUAUCCCGAUCGAACAAGAGCAGGAAGUGUGCAACCAUUCAGGACUCGCUUGUUGACAAGCAGACCGAGUGAGCGGUUUCCUGAUUGCAUGAUCAAGAGAACUAUUAAGUAUCAUGAUGAGUGCUGUCGCUGCCAAUAGCACUGCCCCUCUCGCGCUUGCCAACGGCAAUGGAUCAGGGUCGUUGCCAGCCGUCGAAGAGGAUCGAUUGUUUGAUGAACUGCAAAAGCUUUAUGAUCUCGUGAUCACUGGCAAACAUCCACAAUUCUCUCUCCCUGCAGCUACAAUUGAGAAGCUCAAAGCAAUUGCGCAGGACCCGAGUCUAUCCAAUGGCAAUGUCAAUCCAACGGGCGCCGCAAGCCAGGCGAAUGGCUUACAUUCCUUAUCUUCCUCUACUGCUGACAAUACGCGAUCAGGUGUAGCACAACCACCAGUGACAGAUCCACGUAUUGCUGCUGGUCCAACACACGCGCCACAAUCACAGCCUCCUGCGCCGAGGAAUAUUGGUUUGCCUGGGCUGUUACCAGGCCUCUCCAUGACUUCGCAACCGGGCAGCAGUAAUUUUGCAACGGCAUCCCAAACUGCCCGCGCUUCUCAGACUCCGCAUGAAGUAGUAAGAGCAGAAAGGCGUCUGAAACGCCAGAGGAUUGAGCGUGAUUUGCAGGCUCGAUUGGAGCAGCAAAAGAAUCACAGUGAUUCAGCAGAAAAAACAGGUGGCGUUUUGGAUGUUGGAGCUGUGCUUGAAAAGGCUCUCGUUCGUGAGAACCAUGUGACCGGAGUAAAAUCUACCAUAAACGGUGCUGCAAGUCAGGCCAGCUCGUUCGACGAGAACGACUACUAUUCAAGCCAAGUCGAGAGUGAAUGGUCCUCCCCAUGUGGCAAGGAUGCCGAUCGUGCUGGAGCUGUUUCGGCAUUCGCCAAUGCGCGUAGGCAUGAGGGCAACACGCCUUCUUCUCGCUUAAAUGUUGUUGGCGUGGCUGAUAAGACGAUUGCUUCGCAGUAUCCCGUCAUUCCCCAUUCUCAGGCGGGCCCAAGCGUCUACAUCACGAAACCCCCAAACCACGAAGAAUCCGACAUCGAUGACGACGAUGAAUAUAGCCCGCCUGAUGUAGCAGGCGCCUCGGACGACAGUCGUGACGAACAAUUCGACAGUGAGAUGUUACAUGAUGAUGCAGAUGAUAGCUCCGAGUAUGAGCCAGGUGAAAUCACAUCAGAGAGCAACGGUGGCACUCCGGUGCGACCUAGGCAAGUGGAUGGACCUGCAUCACCUCAGGUGCCUGUGAUUCGCAAUCAUCUCACCCAUAUUGCCGCCCCACAGCCUAGCCGUGUCUCGCCCUUGACUGUGACCAAAGGUCCUGCUGCUGGAGAACUUCAGCUCAUCAAUGGCCGACCUGAAUUUGUAUCAGCAGCUCCAAUGAAUCAGGUCCACCAAGCAAGGGGAAGAUCUCCAGAUGAUGCAAAUGGCGGAAGCUCUAAGAAGGGCAAGAAUAAAAAGGGCAAACGCAAACGUGAUGCAGCUGAGCGCGAAGUUGAGGUUCCAACAGAGACGAAGCUCACGAAGAAGCAGAAGAGGCAAGAAUUGGCCAAAGCUGAAAAGAGUCGGAGGCUGGGAAAGGCGUCCGAGCCGUCACACAUCUCUACUACACGCCAGCAACGGCAAGCACAUCAGCAACCGCAACCGCAGCAGCAGCCACAGCAACCACUAGUACAGCCGCCCAUUAAGGAUGAGCCGACGUCUCCUGCGUCCUUCCUCCACAACGUUCCCGCAGCACAAAGCGGAUCGAUACAGUCUCAGCCGGUGUACAUCGAUCUGGCGUCGCCGAGGAGAGCGGCUGAUGAGGAGCGCUAUUAUCAGGUGGAAGCUCCCAGGCAUGCGCCCGCCGCACAGCCUAAGCAGUAUCGCUUGUCUUCGCCUGCUCACGUGGGGCCUGCCUCGCGGGUAGCUUAUAGACCUCUGCAUCGAGACUCUCAUGAUUUGAGACGAGUGGCCAGUCUGCAACAUGCCCAGCGCCCGCUCUCACCUGUUGCUCGGUAUGACCCUGCUGAAGCAUCCGGGUCGCCACUGUAUCAACCUUUACGGACGCGAGAAGCUCGAUCUCACUCGCCUACGUUUGCUUCAGAUGCCUACGAUCCGCAACAAUACACGAGAGUUGCAGAGCCACUUCCGAUGGCACCGCCACCGCCACGACGGAUCUUUGUCGACCAACACGGCAAUCACUACUAUGCUGAGCCUGCACAGCCGUCUCGCGCCUCUGUUGCACCCGUCGACCGACGGUCUUAUGUGGAAGAAUGUGCCCCAAGCCGUGUCUCUAUGGCAUACGCCCCCCCUGCUUCCGCUCGGCCACAGUACGAACGAGUAGAGGCUAGCAUGGCACCACCUCCAUUUCCCGGACGAGCAGCCUCCAUCGCUGUUGAUCGUCCGCAGUAUGCGGAAAGCCCUGAAGGUCAUUAUUCGUCUCGAGAGCAGAGCGUCCGACCUGUUGUCAGAGAGAUCCGUUACGUGGAGGCCCCGACAGCAUCGUCCUAUCAGCAGCAGGCACCACUCUAUGACACUCAUGCCCGUGCCACGUAUGAAGCAAACCAUGCGCGACCUGCAUCACCAAGUGAAAUGCAUCCCGCACGAAGUUACAGUGUCCGACCUGCUCCUAUACCAAUGCCGCGCUCUGGGAGUGUCGCUCCGGUCCAGUAUAUUCGCCAGGAGGGCGCACUCCCCGCGACAUCUUACACCUCUCGUCAAUCCAUGGCACCUCCACCACCACAGCAAUAUGCACCACCACGUCGCCCAAUGAGUGUCGCGCCAGGCUACGACAUACCACCACCCGCACCCUCUCGGCCAAUGAGCGUCGCUCCUUCGCCAUACGCUCCUUCGAUCAGCCAUGUACAAGCGCAUGAGCAAUAUCUCCAGCCUCAAUACCGUGCCACUAGUGUCGCCCCGGGAGGUUAUGACCUACACACAGCAUAUGCGACUCAACCACCGCAGCAACCGCCGCAGCAGUAUUAUUCGGUCCCAUCGCGAGCUCCUGCGGCCCCGGCACCACAGCAGAUCAGAUAUGUGGACCAGAAUGGCCAGGAGGUGUUCCCGCGGGAAGUCUCACAGUAUGAGGAUUAUCGGGCGCAUGCUUCUCCGAGAUAUUGAGAGAUGGAUAUCGAUAGCUGUUCUUUCGUGCGAUGUAUCUAUAUGAUGUGAUGUUGUGUAUAUCACAAUGACAAAAGCUUUUACUUGUUUACAAUGGAAUAAGUUACCGUGCGAGAGUCCUGAGCUCU